AUGGGCAAGGUGUAUAGAUACCUCAAACAGUUACAUGUAAUUGGAGCAGGUUUAUUGCUGGUAGGAGCUUGGAUAGAGUUACAGAACAAGGAUUAUGAGUCUGUUAACAAGGUGCUGUUUAUACCAGCUCUCAUGCUUAUGUCAGUGGGUUUUGUUAUAAUGAUUAACUCAUUAAUUGGUGUAGCCGGCACAGUCAGAGAGAAUAGCUGUCUCCUUAAAACAUUUCUGGUGGUUACAGUGCUUGCAUUCUUCACUCAAAUUGCUAUUGGCGUGUUAGCAUUUGUUCACAGACAGAAGGUCCCUGAUUUAGUGAGCAACAAUUUUAUGUUCCUUGUUGAAGAGUAUCAUCAGAACCAGUAUUACAGAAUGGCUGUAGAUCAUGUCCAAGUUGGUUUUCAUUGUUGUGGAUUUGAUUCGUACAUGGAUUAUGAUAACAACUCGCAGUUCACCUGCAGCUCUACUUUACCUCAACAAUGCGGAGUACCUUGGUCAUGUUGUAAAAAACCUAGGGAAGGUGGAUUUAAAGUGAAAUGUGGAUACGGAACCAGAUAUAACUCAACUAUGCCUGUAGACAAGAUAAACACGAUGGGUUGUACAGAUGUAUUUCUAACAUGGCUCAGCUGGAACCUUGAUAUGGUUGGCAUAGUAGGACUUGGAUCUUCUAUUCCACAGAUCGUUGGUAUUUUGCUGGCAUAUUUUUUUAUACGUCAAGUUAGAGAGAUGAAGAUGUGGUAUCGAGUUGGUAUGUAAAGAGUGAAGUGGUCAUCAGCAAGAUUACAACAGCUAUCCUGAAUCAGAUCAGCACAUUUACAGCUGAAUUAAUAUUGCCAAAAUUUUAUAUAACCUUUUAUACAACUUUUGAAAUAGUAAGAUGAGAGCAGGGGGUUAAAAAAAAAACAUACCAACUAAUGGUGUUUGCAGCUGAGCAGAAGUUUUUACUUGUUUUCUGUGUGACUAAUGUUAAAUUUGACAGCUCGGGUUGCUUAGUCAUUCAUGUGAUUAGUAGGCAUGCAUAAAGGUGCGGGAUUUUUACCAUUUAGUGUAUUGUAAUUUAACUUUUUAAAGAAAUUCACUCAGUAUUUGUAUGGAUUUGAUUGUGUUGUUAAUUAUGUAGUCACUAAGUUAUUCUGAAGCAUGUAAAAUAUAUAUAUAUAUAUAUAUAU